UGUGUUUUUUUUUUUUCUAAGGCGCUGGCAUCGCCUUCUUAAUAAUCUUAUUUUAGACCAUUUACGCAUUUGCGACUAAGGAUAGCACUGCCUGCGAAUGAAUUAUUAAAUGCACGUUUUUAUGUUGAUUCUUGCACGUCUCCGCAUUGGUCACGACGUGCGCGCUGACGCACAACCCCCCCCUCCUUCCCGCCCCCUUUCUAGAAGAAGAAGAAGAAGAAGAAGCGUGCCACCAUGUUUGGUGAGAACAAUUCGAGGCAUAUAAAUAUAUAUAUAUACAGAUAUAUAUAGUCCAUAAAUCUAUAUAUUGUCAGACAUAAUGGUGUGGGUGCAGAAAUAAGAGAUGCGCACUAAUAGCUCCGCCUGCGGGCUUGUGUUGAAAGAGGAGUUGGCGGGGAAGAGGUCACAUGUUGCAGCGUCAUCGUGUAGUAAAGUUGCUCGACUUCCACGCAGGCUCCUCAUUCCAAGCCUCACAGUCUCUCUUGUCUUGUCUUCAUCCGCCGGGCUCCUCCUCUUCUUCUUCUUCUUCCUCCUCCUCCUCCUCCUCCCGCCGCUGCCGCUUCUCUCCCCGGCUUGCCGCCGCUGCUGCAGCGGCACGCCCGCCCGCCCGCUCGCAUCUAGGCGACAGUCCGGCUUUCCACACCGUGCGUCUCCAACGGAGCCGUCCAGCCAUGGGAGUGCAUGACCUCACCCAUGCAAUUUCCACCAUCAAUAAUUUAAUCUAUUUGCUGCAAACCUGAAGAGAUCAUCACACCCCCCCAACCCCCCCACCCCAAGUCGAGGGAGAGUGCCUAGCGAGGGGAAAAGUAUCGCUUAAAAAAAAAAAAAAAUACUCUAAAUAAAUUACUCAGGGAGUUUGCCCAGGACAUCCCAGAUGACAAAGUCCUGUUGAAUGGUCUUGUUUUACGACUGGGCAGCAUAAGUUCCACCAGGUUAGAAGAGUGAUGACCAUCCUGUUCCUUACUAUGGUUAUUUCAUACUUCAGUUGCAUGAGAGCCGCGCCCCUGAGAGACGCCCCGGGCAUGCAGGGCCAUCGGACGGAGGGCUACUUGGGCGCAGCCGCCAGGGGCCACGGGACUCCGCAGAGCGGCGGGGGGCCAGGCCAGCGCGGGGGGCUGCCCUCGCUCACAGACACCUUUGAGCAGGUGAUAGAGGAGCUGCUGGAGGUGGAGGGAGAGGCAGAGGCGGCACAGCUGGGACAGGGGGCCGGCGGCGGUCUGGCUUCGGCAGCGGCCGACGCCAAGGAUGUCGACAUGUACGACGCCAGGGUGAUGAUCAGCAACCAAGUGCCUUUGGAGCCGCCGUUGCACUUUCUUCUGGAGGAAUACAAAAACUACCUGGACGCUGCGAACAUGUCUAUGAGGGUGCGGCGACACUCGGAUCCCUCGCGGCGUGGAGAGCUCAGCGUGUGUGACAGUAUUAGCCAGUGGGUGACAGCUGUGGAUAAAAAGACGGCAAUAGACAUGUCUGGGCAGACAGUUACCGUCAUGGAAAAGGUCCCUGUCCCCAAUGGCCAACUGAAGCAAUACUUUUAUGAGACCAAAUGCAACCCCAUGGGGUACACAAAGGACGGCUGCAGAGGAAUAGACAAGCGGCAUUAUAAUUCCCAAUGCAGGACAACCCAGUCCUACGUGCGAGCGCUCACCAUGGAUAGCAAAAAGAAGAUUGGCUGGCGGUUUAUAAGGAUAGACACUUCAUGUGUAUGCACAUUGACCAUUAAAAGAGGGAGAUAGUGUAUGAAAUGUAUAGAUUUUAUUGAAGAGUUUAAAAAAGAGAAUACAGAGAAAAUAUCUAUUUGUAUAUAUACAUAACAGGGUAAAUUAUUCCGUCAAAUGAGAAUUUUAUGGACUGCAUGUAAAAAAAACAAAAAAUGAAGUUUAUACAGUAAAAGUGAUAUAACAGUCUAUUUAUUGAACAUAUUCAUGACCUUGUAAACGAUUAAAAAAAAUCUGAUCAGUCAUUUGCGCCCACUUUAAAUUACCAUGUCACAUUCCUCCAAACGUGUUUCUUUUGCCAAGAUUUACAAAAUGAAGGAAGAAGAGGGAAAAAAACAACAGGAAUGAGAGAGAGAGAGAUAGAGAGAGGGGACAGUUCCAUCGUCAAAAGCUUGCAUGUUGCUUCAAUUGUGAAUCGCGAAAUUCUCCACCUACAAAAAAAAAAUCUAUAAAAAAUAGGACGCCGAUCAAAAAACUUUCCGUUUCAAUACUCGGCGGAGAACAAGUUUCCUCUCAAGUAAUUUAUCUGUUUACUGUUCUAAACUUCUCAAGGUAUAAUGUUGGGAGUACAUACUAUGUCAAGGUGCUGUUGUCAAAGCUUUGCUGUUUAUUUUUUUAUUCCCACCAGAGAAAGAUAUAUAUAUUAGAAAAGAAAUGUAUAUAUCUAUAUAUAUAUAUAUACAUAUAUAUAUAUAAUGAGACAUGUUUCUGGGUUAAUAUUAUUCAUUUUGUAUGUUGUGAAGUUGUUUGCAAUAUUAAACUGAAAUAUUUGAAGAAAUAAAAAUGACUAUAGGCAACUGAAAAACGAAACCGAUGUUUCAACCCUCCACUUUUAGGUGUAUAUAUGCACAAAUGCUGACGCACAUAAAAGAGACAAAACUGACCAAGAGAGCUGAUAUGUGGAGGACAGUAGAUCCCCGCUGUAGUUGCAGGGGUUACUGUCCGAGACCACACGCAAAUCGCAAAUAAAUGCAGGUAAUUGACACGCCCAGAAAAAAUGUCUGGAUUAUAUGUACGUCCUUUUAACCCUCCUGCUAACUCGACGUUCUCCUCUGAUUUCGUAUCAACAUUUACAGUAAAAGUGACUGUUAUUUUUAGAUUAGAUUCAGCCCAGGAACCCUCCCAGUCUCUCUACAUGUCCGCCCGCGACGAUGGAGUCGAAGAAGCUAGAU